UAAGCUAACCGUCAGCACCGGGUCGAGUCCCAAAAAAGUAUUUUUUUUAAUACGUAGUGCACUAAAUACAUCCCGUCAUCAUGAGCAUCAGCAGCAGCGGUUCUGAGCUCCGAGACAUGAUGAUGGUGAUGAUGGUGAUGAAGGCUCCCGUGUGUGAGUGUGUCCUGAUGAACUGAUUUAUCCAGCACUGCAGGAGGAUUAAAGAGAAGAAAGAACCCGGAUCCGGUCCCUGUUUUCGGUCUCAGUGCGUCUCGGUGUCGCUCCGGUGGAAUGAGAAGCUGCUGCAACCAUGAUGGAAGGACUGAAGAAGCGAACCCGGAAGGCGUUCGGGUUACGCAGGAGAGAGAAGGACACUGAUUCCACGGGAUCUCCAGAUAAAGAGAAAUCCAAAAAGGCAAACGGGGCUCCGAACGGCUUCUACGGUGAAAUAGACUGGGAUCGAUAUAAUUCCCCUGAUGUGGAUGACGAGGGGUACAGCAUCAGACCUGGAGAGCAGGCAGGAAUUCCAGCCAAAGCCAAAACCUUUUUCUCCUCCAGCGAGUCGGAGGGCGAGGAUGAGCCCGGCAAGAAGUUCAAGAUUAAAAUCAAGCCCCUGGCACCAGAUAACGGUACCGUGCCCACCAUGGAUGAGCUCAAGGCCUCUGUGGGCACGCUGGCCAUCUGCACCUCACCUCUGAUGAAAAGUCCGAGGCGCAGCCCGUGCCAGCUGAAACGAACCAUCUCGAGUGAGGAGAUCGCCAGGCCGAGACGUUCCACACCCACCCCGACCCUGACCCCAGUGCCCGGGCCUGAAACACCGAGCAAAAGGUCGUCGGAUAACGCCGCCGCUUUCUUCAUUCCUCCAUUUGAGGUGAACUUCGAGGUGCACAACUCAGAAGUCUUCGUAGCGGAGCCGGCGCUGUGGUGUGGGUCAGUUCCCCGGAACACGUCCCCGUCAACCAGAUGCUUCCCGACAGGAGACCCACCCCCUCUUCCUCCCAAAAACAUCUCUGCUACUCCACCCACGUACAGAUCCAGCUCGCUGGAAUCCUCGGGUUAUUACAGCGUCGUCCCCAGCGUGAGAGACGACGUCUCGUCCUCCGUCCCUCGGGGCGUCCUGCUGUCGGACCCCACGGCCGGACCCGCUCCCCCGGACCUGGACAACGUCUUCGCCCCUGCGGACACGCCCAAACCAGUAUCGGAGGUCGCACAGUCCAGCUGGGUCUGCUUCGGCGAUGGAUCGCCGGCCAGGCCGCCGCCCCCCGAUGAGCCCGCCCCUUCCCCGCCCCUGUCAUCCUCGUUCGAGGACGCGUCCCCUACCUCCCUGCCUACCUUAUCCCCUCCUCCCUUACAUCCUAUACCUCCACCCGACUCCCCUCCUCCGCCUCCGCCCCCGGACUCGCCCGCAGACGCCCCGUCUUGUUCCUCUGGGUCCUCCCCCGACAUCCCUUUCGCCCCUGCCAGCCCCGGCAUGCCCCCUCUGCCCAGCGUUCCACCGCGAGACGAAGCCAGGAGGACGCCGGACUCCGUCGGGCUGAGAGAGGAAAUCCAAAUGCUCUCCACCUCGCCCAGGGACUUUGGGACGCCGGGUUUGCGUGGCACUCCGCCGCCCCUGCCCCCUCUCACCUACAGGAGCAUGGUGGCAUCGCCGGGGCCGGGUAGCAGACCUUCGUCGCCUGCACGUCCUGCCACGCCCCUGUCAUCGGGAAGCCCCGUCCCACCGCUGCCACCCCGGCCAUCGUCGCUGCCACCCCGGCCAUCGUCACGGCCCAAACUUCCGCCCGGCAAACCCAGCGUGGCGGACCUGGCGUGGUCCUUCAGCCCCCCUGUGCACUCGUGGAGUCCUCCUCCUUUUGCCCCUCUGGCCCGCGCCGAGAGCAGCUCGUCUAUUUCCUCCGCCGCGUCCACGCCGACGCUGGCCCGCGAGUUCAACCUCACCGUCUCGGCCUGUUCGCGAGGGCCCAGUCCCCUCACCAUGGGUCCACAGGACACGCUGCCCGUGGCCGCCGCCUUCACCGAGACCAUCAACGCGUACUUCAAAGGAGCCGACCCCAGCAGGUGUGUGGUGAGGAUAACGGGCGAGAUGGUUCUGUCCUUCCCAGCUGGCAUCACCAGACACUUCUCCAACCAGCCCAGCGCUCCGGUUCUGACCUUCACCAUCAGUCACUACGGCCGGCUGGAGCAGGUCCUUCCCAACCCUCAGCUCCUCUGCUGCGACACCACGCCCGCCGUCUCCGACUCCAAAGAGUUCUGGGUGAACAUGCCAAACCUCAUGGCUCAUUUGAAGAAAGUGGCGGAUCAGCGGCCACAGGCCACCUACUACAACGUGGACAUGCUGAAGUACCAGGUUUCCACAAAAGGCAUCCAGUCGACUCCGCUGAACCUGGCGCUGAGCUGGCGCGGCGAUGCCAGCAGCACCGACCUCAGGAUAGAUUACAAGUACAACGCCGAGGCCAUGAACAACCCGGCGCCUCUCACCAACAUCCACUUCCUGGUGCCCGUGGACGGUGGCGUGACCAAACUGCAGGCGAUGCUGCCACCCGCAACCUGGAACCCCGAGACGCAGAAGAUACUCUGGAAGAUCUCCGAACUCUCACAGAAAUCAGAGAACGGAGGAGUGGGGGCGCUGCUGGGUCGUUUCCAGCUGGCUGACAGACCCAGUAAACCGUCCCAGUUAGCGGUACAGUUCACCAGUGAGGGGACCACGCUGUCCGGCUGCGACUUCCAGCUCCUGGGGACCGGAUACAGACUCUCACUGGUCAAGAAGAGGUUCUCCACAGGUAAAUAUUUGGCGGAUAACUGACGCUGCGCCUCUGAACGAGAGCCGCGACGACCCCCGGCACAGUGCGGACGUGUUCUGAUUAAACA